AUGCUGCAAAUCCUUUCUACCAAGUUAGAAAACAAGGUCGUGGAAAAUUGUGCCAACCUAGAAGGAAAACUCAUUGAAAAUUGUACCGACCUUUUAGAAAACUCAGCCAAGCUAGAAAAAAGGUCCGUGGAAAAUUGUACCAACCUAGCAGGAAAGCUCUUGGAAAAUUGUGGCGAUCUUUCAGAAAACUCAGCCAAGUUAGAAAAUAGGCUAGUGGAAAAUUUUGCCAACCUAGAAGGAAAGCUCAUGGAAAAUUGUGCCAACCUAGAAGGAAAACUCUUGGUGUUACACGAAGCUAAAGACUGCAAAGACCGAUGGAAGAACAUCAGAUGUAGUUACUCAAAGAAUAAGAGAAACAUGAGUGCUCCAUCUGGAUCUGCUGCGAAAACACCUAAAGAGUACUACCUUGCACCAAACUUGCGUUUCCUAGACAGUUUUUUAAAAUCCCGACCCUCUAAAGGCAAUUUGGGGAACGAUGCAGACCGAAUCGAAGAUGAAGACGAUUUGACAUGCAUGUCUGCUGGCUCACCUGCAGGUGAACGGCAGGCGACUGAUUUUAUCACGCCACAACAUUCACAGCCGCCACCAAAAAAUAAACAGAUUCGUAUAAGUGAUGUUAAUAAGACAGCGCACGAAUACUUCACCCUAAAAAAUAAACAAAUAAUUGCACGACAACAAAAUAUGGACGAAGGAACAAAAGUAAAAAAUAAGGACGACAUGGCCUUUUUCCGCAGCAUGAUGCCAGAUGUGCAAACAAUGAAUCAAGACCAAAAACGAAAAUUGAAAUUGGGCGUACUUAAUUUAAUUGAACAAAUUCUAAAAGAGCCAAUCACUAGUCGUAUUUCAUGUCCGAGAAGUAUAACUCCUUACCAAAGAACUCCAUCACGGGAGUCAGAGUAUAAUUCACCUGCAAAUGUGGGAUCUUAUGGAAGUCCAACGGGAUCUUAUGGAAAUCAAUCACCUCAGCAGACACAUACGUCUGACGCAUAUGGAGGUCUGACACUUCAGCAGACACAUACAACUAGCGGAUACGGAGGUCUGACACUUCAGCAGACACAGCCGACACUUCAGCAGAUACAGCCGACACUUCAGCAGACACAAACGACUGGCCAUUGUUUUCUCCAGUUACUUCGGUUUCACCUCCGUCACACCAAAGAAUUGAAGCAGAAAGUCAACCUCACGAUGGUGAUGUGA